UUAGCUAUUGCUCACAAAUGCCUGAUGGGAAUUUGAUUCAGUCAGAACAAAGGGAGUCGUCUUCGAUAUUCCUUUAUUGAUCCACCGUCUAACCAGAAAAAAUGGAUUUGAGGCCUAAAGAAUCUUCUGCUGUUUUCUUUCUCCUAGUUAUUUUCACACUCAACAAGUUCAGUGAAGCGCAAAACCUUUGUUCUGCAGAUCCCAUAAGUUUUAUUAAGGAAAACAAUGCUAUUGGUGACAUAGUUACAACAAUCACCGCUGAGGAUGGGGUGACGGCCACAAUCACUAGACAAACUCCAGCGGGUCUCUUCAGCAUUGACGGAUCAUACAAUCUCAUUGCUGAAACUGUGAUGGACUUUGAGACGUUUGACAAGAACACACCACAUGAGGUGAAUGUUGAGUGUACAAAAGCUGAUUCUACUCCUACCGCAUUGGUUCUGAGAAUAGUCGUUGAGGAUGUAAAUGAUAAUCCACCAGCGUUUGCACAGAGUCAGUACUCACUAGCUGUUGAUGAGUUAACAAAAGUGGACACCAGUGUUGGUCUAAUCACAGCAACCGAUCCUGAUGAAACUGAUAGACUUUACUACCGUCUGGUUCCUGAGGAAUAUUUCUACCUCCAGGCCGAAUUCAGUCCCAACAUUCUGGUGAAAAAUUCUCUGGAUUAUGACAAAGUUCAAAAAAUCUCAAUGACGCUCUAUGCACAGGACACGCCAACUGGAUCUACAGGAGUAGUCUCACACACUACCUCAACCACCGUUGAAGUCAAUAUCGCAGACAUUGACAAUCGUCCACCGUGGUUCCAGCCCUGUACAGAAACAGAGAUUGUCACAAGCAAAGUGUGCAUGAACUCUGGUUAUGAAGGGACAGUCAACGCGAAUGUGAUAGGUCCUUUGUCCUUGACGCCAGGUCCAGUGUAUGCCAUUGAUGGUGACAAAGGCAGGGACGAGGCUAUUUGUUACACAUUUCUUGGAGGAAAUGAAGAUAAUACAUUUGAAAUCAACAUUGACACUGGGACCAUCACAGUGCUGGAACAAGUACGGGUGCCAGGACCGAUUGUUCUAACAGUCAUGGCAUAUCAGAAGGAUAACGCUGAUCAGUUUGCCACCACCACAGUCAUCCUGAAGGUGGUGAUAUCCAGCAAUUACCCUCCGACAUUUGUGAAGCCAAGUUACGAAGGUUUUAUCUCAGAGGAUGCAGGUGUGGACAGCCUGGUGCUGGAGAGCAAAACGUCCAACAGACCCCUCCGGGUUCAGGCUACCGAUGAAGACUUUCUUGAUGGGUAUAAUCCUUACAUCAAAUUUGAGGUUGUAGAUGGUACUGAAUUCUCAAUUACUCCAGAGGGUUUCAUACUCAUGGCGAAGGCGAUUUCAGCUGGCACUGUGAAUUUACGAAUGAGGGUGGUUGACACAAGCAAUGAUGAAUCGAGCACUGUCUCCCUUACGGUUGAGGUCACGCCAGGGGUUCCCACUACCACACCGGUCACUACUAUCAUGACUUCACCCAUCGUAACAACAGAUCAGACCGCUAACACACAGCUAACAGACAUCACCACCACCUCUAAUCCAGGAGGACAACAGCUGAAAGCAGGGGAGUUCAGUACGGAGGAAAUGGCAGCUGUAGGAGCCUCUUUGGCUGUGGUUAUCGUUCUCUGCUUGGUUUGCAUUGGACUGAUGGUGCACCGCAUCAAGGGCCAUAACACAGACUGGAAGAAGAUCUCCGAGGCUAGCAUCUUCCGUAGCACACUUGGUGGGGGCUCGGGUGGUCCUAAGGAGGGAAUGCAGUACAGCAACGAGGGCUUCCAGCAUGAUGGGGAUUCUGGAAGUGUGAACUCUAAUUUAGCUGCAGACCUGAAGAAUAAACUGGAGUCUGAGCUGAAGCCACAACAGAGACGUGGGCUAUCGCAGGAGAAUAUGACCCUCAGCGCCGCCUCCGUUCUCCAGACCACCAGCAGUACUCCGCCCGACUCCAGCAGCCUGGCUGAAACCAUCGACGGAGAGAAGGAAGUAAAACCAAUCCUGACCAAAGAGCGGCGCACUGAGGAGGGCUACAAAGCGGUCUGGUUUAAGCAAGACAUUGACCCCAACACCAAAGAGGACGUGGUCAUCAUUCCCGACAGUGGUGAAGCGGACGGAGACCAUGAGGAAGAUGACGACAGCGAGGAUGAGGACAACCUAAGGACUGACUUGGAUUCAGAAGACGAGGAAGAUCUGACGUCCAUUUGACACACAUGUUUAUCCUUUUUCAUAUUCCUUUCUGUUAAUAAGUCUGUAAAUAUGUUUCACAAAAAGAAUAUAAUUUUCAGUUUCUAGCAAAACUAAGUCAACAUGAAAUCAUAACUGAGCCUAUUUGCUUUCUAUAUAUAUAUAUAUAUAUACUGUAAACCUGAAUAAGUUGGCAAAACUUAAGAAAUUCAGUUUAAGUAAGCAGAACGGGCAGAUUUCAAUUUUGUACUCAUACAUUUUACUCAUACAUUUAAUUGCUAAUUUGAGUAAA